AUGGCUCCUUAUCACAUUCGCAAAUACCAGGAGAGUGACCACCAGUGGGUCCUGGGCUGCUUCUUGAAGGGCUUGGCCGAGCAUGUCCCCACCACCUUCUACCACAUCCUGAAGCUACCAAGAAUGCUUGUUCUCUUGCUUGGGGUGCCCCUCGUCCUAUUUCUGGUCUCAGGUUCCUGGCUCCUGGUCCUUGUGGCCGGCCUCACCCUCCUCACUGCCCUGCGUUUCCUUGCCAAAUAUCCCUGGAGACAGCUUAUGGCCCACUAUUUGCACAGAGAUCUGUCUGACAUCACCAAGUCCUACUUCACUGAGCACGACUCCUGCUUCUGGGUGGCUGAGUGUGAGGGGCAGAUGGUGGGCAUGGUGGGAGCUCUGCCCGUCAAGGACCGCACCCUGCGGAAGGAGCAGUUGGAGCUGCUCCACUUUGUGUCCUCGGAGUACCGGGGCCGGGGGAUAGGGAAAGCCCUGGUGGGGACUGUCUUCCAGUUUGCGCAGGACCGGGGCUACAGUGAGGUUGUCCUCACCACCAGCAUGCUGCAGCACUCCGCCCUGGCCCUGUACCGGAGCAUGGGCUUCCAGAAGACCCGACAGUAUUUCCUGACCAAGAGCUGGGCACUCAUCGCGGUUUCUGUAUUUCAAUUAAACUACCGGCUCCCCUCUGCUCAGGUCUCUCAAGCACCACGGCUGAGAGGGCCCCUGUGA